AUGACAGCUCAGCGCCGUUCCUGUAGCCCUCGUCCUCGCCCUACGCCCCCACUGCGAACCUCCGUCUUCGUCUCCGGACAUCAUCCGGCCAUACAUACACACCGCGGCGGAACAAAGAACGGAUACAUUACACCGUUCAUGCCAUGGUUCGCUUUUGGUCUACCGCGUACGGAUGACUCUGUCUCCAGCAUCGUGCCGUCAAUGGUCGCCUCCCAUCGAACAGCUAUCCGUACACAACACAACGCCCCAUUCCAUACCAACUCCCGUAGUCCUUGUCGAACACGCCCUGGCGUCCGAAACAAACAAAAACGCCACCAGGGAGGCUGGUUUGUCGCGGGCAGCCCAGGUACCGGUACUCGUAUCAAAUCCGCCUCACCAAGAGGCAUCGAAAGCCCUGAUGGUAUUUGCCUCACCUUCGCCGCUGUGCUUUUGACUUCGACAACGGAGAACAGCAUGUCAUCGAGGGAUCUCCACCAGGCCAUGACCGCUGGGCUCUCCCACAACACGCGAAGCCCUCAGUGUUCGUCAAUGUGCUGCUCCGUUUUGCCUCUUCAAGGCGAAGCAGCCUCGAAAGCACCCCAGUUAAUGUGGCAGCGAAGGACCAAGCCAUUUCCGGCCAGAACGACCCGGGCCAAAUUCCAUGUCCUGGAAUACAAGCGCGGCACUUUGGCACCAGCUUCAUUAGACAAAAAUUCCUUCCUGCACUCGAAGCACUCUGGAUGA